UGGCGCGAAAGGAAGAAAACUUUUGAUGAUAGAAUUAGUGUGUAUUGCUGUAAGUUGUUGCCAUAGUGACGACGAAAAGGUGUUUUAAAUCACGCAAAACGUCUAGUUUCACCUUAACUUACCAUCCUUUGUGUAAAAUAUUUUCUGAUAAUGAUGAGGUUAAAGCCAACGCAACAAAAAGUUAUAUGCCUCACAAAAAAUGAGAUUUUGAGGCUUCACAGAGGGUUGAACAACGAAAAAUUAAAAAAUGAGAGAGAUUUCGAAACUGAAGGAGAGCCGAAACAAAUUUUGCAGUGGCCAGAGAAAAAGCCACAAAAGAAAUCCAGCAAUCCAGAAAAUAUUGAGGCACAAAUUGAAGCAAAUCACUAUUUAGCCAGAGCAAGGCAAAUGCAGUUGGAACAAGAGGACGAUAUCAAGAGGGCAAACAAAAUUAUUCUGGCCACGAAAUGUCAAGCCAUACGUGACGCUCAAAUGGCUGAAAAGGAGCAAAUGAUGAAAAGGCAGAAAGCCGAAGAAGAGAGAAUGGAUAGAAUGAUGGAGGAGGAAAGAGUCAAGGGUCUGCAAAUCCAGGCGAAAAAAAGCGAGGGCAAGCAAAUUCAGCGCAGCCACUAUGUGCAAAAUCUAGUGCAGCAAAUUAACGAGAACGAGACGAAAAAGAUGACGGAGCACGAGAGAUACCUAAAAGAGAGUAAAAAACUGCAAGAAAUGCACAAACGACUAGAUAUUCGAGAAGCAGAGGAAAAGAAGAAAAAAGCUGAAGAGCAGUUGAAAAUUAGAAAGGAACUAAACAAAAUGAACGAAACUAUAAAACACAGACACCAGUUAGAAAUCGUGGAGGAAAAAUUGGCAAACUUAAGAAUUCAACAGUACAUGCAGGAAAAGGCGGCACGACAGGCAGAACGGGAAGAGAAAAAGCGGAGGGCGAAAAUUGCCCAGGAGCUGGAGAUUGCUAGGCUGCACGCCUGCCAGGUUAGGCAACAGGAGGUGCAGGCGAAAGCUGUCGCGGAGGUGGUGGAGCGCAAACAGGAGAUGGCCGCCAGAGCUUGGAGGCUGAAGGAAUUGGAGUCGGCAAAAAUGAAAAUGAAACUGAAGAGAGACCUGCGCGAGGCACGCACAAAGCAGGCCGAGGAGAAAAAGAGGCUGAAAGAAUUGGAAAUGGAGCGCGAGGCGAAGGAAGUGAAUGAUUUGAUGAAAAAGAUCGAAGAAGACAAGAAGGCGCAAGAGGAGGAAAAGCAGAAGCACGAAAUGGAAAUGCUGAAAUACAGAAAGGCGCUGCAAGAGCAAAUGUUGGAGAAGAAGAAACGAAUGGAGAUGUUGCGCGAACAAAAACAAUUGGAGGCGCAAAUGGAAGCAGAGAGGAAGCUGGAAAAGGAGUUGGAGCUCAAACGAGUGUGUGAUAUGAAACUCAAGGAUCUGAAGAUGCAAAAAGUUCCGGAGAAAUACGUCAUUUGUGUCAAGAACCAACUUGGUUUGAAGUAAAAUUAUUAUAUUAAGGAAGGAAAAUUUAUUCGAUCCAAUUAUAAUUUUUAGCAGGGUUCGACACAGGUUUUUUAGCAACUUCAAUGAUAUAUUAUAGCAAGUUUAUUGAACUUCAAUUGUUUUCUUUUGGAUAUGGUUUUGUUUCUAAGCAUAUUUUUUUGGCCGCGCUUGUCAAAAUUACUCUGGUCAUCAUUAUUUUAAAUUAAGUGUAUACAAAUCUUCUCUAGAUAUUAAGUCAAAUUUCGGAUUACAGCCCAUUUGGGACGAUCUCGAUUUAAUACUGGAUAGUUUAAUAUCAGCGGUGUAAAAAAUAUAAGAGAUGCAAAAAUGCAGCAUUGUACGCCGACUCAUUAUAAUUACUGUUGAAUUUGUGUGACGCCCUUUUACGUGGCUUGAGCUAACUUGAAAUUAAAUUAAAAUGAACUAAUUUAAGAUAUGCACAUCAUAAUUGAAUUGAAACACGAAAAGGCAAUGUGUCACAGGAGCUGCACGAAACUCCGGAAAUUCCUAAAAUACUUGCGGCUGUUGAUCUUAAGUGCUUUUUGGAAAAACAAUUUUCACACUUUGUAAACACCAAAAAGCUAUAGGAUCUUUUCAUCAAAUAAUUAAUUAGAUUUUUGAGAAAAUUUCCUUACAAAAAUGCCCAUAAUUGAGUCUGUUUUAGCACAUGGUUAGUUGCUUUUAAAAUGUUCUCAAAUUGUAGAUUAGGAAGAAUCGAA